CGAACGCAACGAAGGCGUUUCCGCGAUUUUUCGAGAAAGAAAUCGAGCAACACGUGACGAACAACAAACGUAAUUGAUAUCAACCAAGGUUGGUCAUGGUUGCUACUCCACCGCCUGCUGUUAAGGCUAUCUUUUUCAGUGAGUUUCAUUAUGAGGCAGGACCAGUUUUGACGUACCAGGCGCCGGAGAAUUUUCUGUCGAAGGACGUGUUUGAUGUUGUUCAUGUGUUUAUCAUCACGAAGCCGCAGUUGUAUCGCAAAAUCAUUACAGUCAAUACCGUCAACUUGAAAAUUUUGGGCUGUCCGCAGAGUAUCGAAGAUAAGAAAUACAAGAGGAAUGCUCUGCUCUUUAACUUUGGAUUCGUGUUUGAUCCGGAUGCCAAGACGACGGCAUUUCAGCCUGUCAUAAAGAAGCUUUCUAGCUGCUUUAGGACACUCGAGCUAGAGUCUGAAUUUCUGUCACGAGAUGAGACGAGAUCGAGACUGCCAGAAAUUCUUACUGCAGUGCUGAGAGAGCUGAACGAUAAAGGCUUUUGUUCGAUUGCUGUUGACGAAGCAAACACAAUACAUUUGAAAGUCAUUCCGGAUCCAACCGAAAUGGCAGUCGUGUGUGAUCACGACGUUCCCAUCUUUUGUAUUGAUCAGGCUGAGAUCAGGAGCACACCGUGGGAUCUAACUAUUAAACAAAUUCUGCCGUACAUCGAUGGUUUCAAUCACGUUCUUAUGAUUGCCACUCUGGCUGAUGUUAACGUGAGCUUAGUUCAACUGUGUGUUCAGCAUUUAUUACAUUUUGGUGCCAUCAAGUUGAUAUCAGUGUUUCAGUACAGUAACAUGUACAUGACGACACCGAAAGUGUCUCAGCUGAGAGACAACCGCAAACUAGCAGCCGAGUGUUUGAAAUUUAUUACUAAGCAAGGUCGACCUCAACCGGCCAUUCGUGACGUAUUUGCUCUCUAUUGUGCUCUCGGACCAGGAGUGACUGUUAGGGAUUGGUGUCUUAGACACGAGCCUCAGUGCCUUGGUAUCAGUGAGAGACUGUUUAUACAGUUUGGUUUGAUGAAGAAUCUUAUCGUGCAGCUACAGAAGUAUCCAGUGCUGCUUAGUGAUGAACCAAACGUUAAGGCUCUGAAACCGUAUCGGGAGAUGUUGACUGGUAAGAGCAGUUACGAUGAAAUCUGUUGUCAUUCUGGUAUGAGCCAUCAGGAAUUGGAUGCAUUGAUAGAUAGUGACCCACACUUGGUAGUCUGCUGGAAGUGAGCGGUGCACAUCUGUUGGUCAUUAGAUAAGUGAACCGUAUGCUGCAUCACUGUGUCAGUGAGCGAUUGCUACUAUUUGAGGACAAGAUUUUUAUUAGUUUGAUGAAAGAUAUUGUGUAGUCGAUGUGGUGGUGGCUAGAAAUGCCAGAACAUUGUGUUAGCGGUCAGACUAUCUUUGGUAUCUCAAGGACUCUAGAAAUUACCUUUGAAUAACAAUGUUUGGAAGGAUUGUUUUGGCUGAAAAUGUUGUUGUUUGAAUGAAACAUGUUGUACAUAAUUACUAUUUAUGAUACUCAUACAAAUAGCGGACAAAGUAGAACUACUGUAGUUCAUGUCAGUAAGCUGCUAACAUGCAAUGAGUAGACCUACUAUUGCUCUAUUGUAAUUGUACAAUGAAGUUGUGCAAUCUAAUGAACAGAGUGU